CGGAGAAUGCAAACUCUGGAUCGUUGUUUCGUAUAUAAAGAGCAAAAACCUGUGAAUAUUGAGUCAAAAGAAGUCAAAGAUUCGAAGAUGUUUUGUUUCGUUACUUUUGCGGUGUUGAUUGCACUCGCUCAUGGGAAAACUGAAACACCAGAAAUCCCUGAUGCUGUGCGGAAAUGUGCCGAGGACUCUGGGAUCAACAUUGAUCCUCUACCGAUUUACCCAAGACCGGACUGUUUCACUGCAUGUUUACUGAAAGUUGAAGGACUUCUUCUUGAAGACGGUACUCUGCUGGACAUUGAUCAACUGACAGAAGCCAUUCCCAAAACUAGGGCCGAUUACGACGAAAUCAUGACGACCUUCAAAAGCUGUAGUACCAUUAAAAAGACUGGUAACUUUUGCCAAACUGCUCUCAAACUUUUCGAGUGUUUCGCCCAAACGAAAGUUCUCCGAGUUGAAGAUGAGCCCCCUCCAAGUUUACUGAAGAAUGCAACUUCGAUUCGCUUUGAUCACAAUUAGCUUGUCCUACGAAAAAGAAAGACGAUCGGAAGACCGCAGGCAUGAGAUAAUUGCUGCGAUAUUGUGCUUCGCAAGAAUUCACAUUUUUCUGAAUGACUGUUUGGAACUUACACGAAAAAUUAUUAUUCAACUGGAUAUUUACAAGAAUAACGAUCCAUUAAUCAAGUAUUCAAAAAAUCAGUCUUCGAUCCUUCAUUUUAUUAUAACACCUCAACUGACAAUUGAAUUUCUAAAGUUUUACGAGAAUUAUUUAUACAUCGGAAUUUCUAUGCUUCUCGCUGGGUGCAUUUCACAUGGAUUUUGGUAGACGAAUUUUCAUUCUCUAACUACCGCACAAGUGACUUAAAAUGUAUCGCACAAGACCUGACAUGUCAAAUAUCCUGUCAGUUUAGCAAGAUUCGGAAAGCUUCUACGUCGCUUCUCACCCCAAAUUGGAGGCGACAGCCUCCGGCAAUACAAUGAUGCCACACUCCUACUACUUUAACGAAGACUUUCCUCCACCGUAGGAAACGUUUCGCUCGAACUGUUCUUUUCGCCCUAUAUAACCUGCAAUUGAAUAAACAUACUCGAAAAUUCCCUUAUA